AAAAAAGAAAUAGAUUGUUUAAAUAUAGAAAAAAUGAAAGGAGAAUAUCGAGAUGAUAAAGAUCCUCACCCUUCCACCACCAUGUUCUCCAAAUUCCACCACCACCACCACCACCACCACCAACAACAGACACCUCCUCCUCCACCACAGCAUUUCGCCAUUACCGGCCACCAUUUUCAGCGCAGCAACACAUCCGAGGAAGCUGACAGCCGUGGCCAUGCCACUCCCACCAAGAACGAUGUCAGCACCACCGGUAACGACGGAGCAUCCAUCGAGGUCAUCAGACGACCCAGAGGACGUCCACCAGGAUCCAAGAACAAACCCAAACCACCCAUCGUCAUUACCCGAGAACCCGACCCGUCUAUGUCUCCAUAUGUGCUUGAACUCCCCGGAGGAACUGAUAUCGUCGACGCCGUCGCUCGAUACUGCCGGAAACGGAAUAUGGGACUCUGUGUUUUAACCGGUUCUGGAACUGUAGCUAACGUUACCCUCCGACAACCCUCCACCACCCCUGGUGCCACCGUCACUUUCCACGGUCGGUUCGAUAUACUUUCAAUCUCUGCCACCGUGCUCCCGUCGUUAUCUCUAUCCUCCGCCGUGGCACCUUUCGCAAACGGGUUCACUAUAUCAUUAGCAGGUCCACAAGGGCAGAUAGUGGGAGGAGCAGUCGCCGGUCAACUCAUAUCCGCCGGAACAGUAUACAUCAUAGCGGCGUCGUUUAAUAACCCUCUCUACCACCGGUUACCAUCCGAAGAAGACGACAACCACCUUAGAAAUUCCGGCGGUGGGACUGGGUCGGCUGCAGCAAGUGACCAGUCUCCACCAGCAGGUUCAGCUGGCGGAGAUAGCGGUGGGCAUCAUCUCCCGCCAUCAACGGCGGCAGAUUCAAUGUCGUUGUAUAGCUGCCACCUGCCUUCUGAUGUUAUCUGGGCGCCUACAGCACGGCAAGCUCCGCCACACCCACCACCGUAUUGAAAGAUAAAAAUUGAUCGACCUUCUCUGAGAAGUCGUUAAAGGAUCGCUUCAUCUUCACAACUUUUUUUCAUUUUUCAUUAGGGUUUUUGGGUAACUUUUGAUCUUUAUCCUUCAAUCAAAUAUCAUCGCUAGUUUUCUUGAUCAUUAAUAUGUUCUUAUGAACCAAGAACACACCGUAAUUCUUGAUUCAUCUUUCUUCACUCUCGUUAAUGGAGCUGCAAAAUCAUCAUUGAGUUUUCUAUCAGGUUUUUAGAGUAACUUCUUAUCUUUAUCAACU